UGCCCCGAUCCCGUUUUUCCGGUCUUCCUUCACUUCCGCGUAUCGAAGACUACUAACUAACUAACUAACUAACUCCUCGAUCUCUCUCUCUUGUAGCUUCAAGCUGCGCUCUCGACGCUUCCUUCCUCCUCGUCUCUCCCCUCCGUCAUUCUCACUCUGUCGCCCAUCAUGUUCUCCCUGAGAACUGCGCAGCCGGCUCAGUCGCUUCUGCGCGGCGCUUCCACCGCGUCGCACUUUGCUCGCUCUUCCGUUCCGUCUAGAACUCUUGCUACGGUCCAGUCCGACAUCUUCAAGCCCACCAAGUAUGGUGGUAAAUACACCGUCACUCUGAUUCCAGGUGAUGGCAUUGGUGCCGAAGUCGCGGAGUCCGUCAAGACCAUCUUCAAGGCCGACAACGUACCAAUUGAGUGGGAGCAGGUCGACGUGAGCGGUGUUGACACCGGCAACAAGCAUUCCGAGGAGCUGUUCAAGGAGUCGAUCGCCUCUCUGAAGCGCAACAAGCUCGGUCUCAAGGGUAUUCUGCACACCCCUGUCGAGCGUUCCGGUCACCAGUCUUUCAACGUUGCUCUGCGCCAGGAGCUCGACAUCUACGCCUCGGUCGUUUUGAUCAAGAACAUCCCUGGCUACAAGACGCGACACGACAAUGUCGACCUCUGCAUCAUCCGUGAGAACACCGAGGGAGAGUACUCCGGCCUGGAGCACCAGUCCGUCCAGGGCGUCGUCGAGUCGCUGAAGAUCAUCACCCGCGCCAAGUCUGAGCGCAUCGCCAAGUUUGCUUUCAGCUUCGCUCUGGCAAACAACCGCAAGAAGGUCACCUGUAUCCACAAGGCCAACAUCAUGAAGCUCGCAGACGGUCUUUUCCGCAGCACCUUCAGCAAGGUCGCCGAGAAUUACCCCACUCUCGAGACCAACGACAUGAUCGUCGACAACGCCUCCAUGCAGGCUGUCUCCCGGCCUCAGCAGUUCGACGUGAUGGUCAUGCCUAACCUGUACGGUGGUAUCCUGUCCAACAUUGGUGCCGCCCUUGUUGGUGGCCCCGGUAUUGUUCCCGGAUGCAACAUUGGUCGCGACAUCGCCGUUUUCGAGCCCGGUUGCCGUCACGUCGGUCUCGACAUCAAGGGCAAGGACCAGGCUAACCCUACCGCUCUCAUUCUCUCUGGCUCUAUGCUUCUCCGUCACUUGGGUCUCGAUGAACACGCCAACCGCAUUUCCAAGGCCGUGUACGACGUGAUCGCCGAGGGCAAAACGAGAACCCGCGACAUGGGUGGCCAGGCUAGCACCCACGAGUUCACCCGGGCUGUCUUGGACAAGAUGGAGACUGCUCUGUAGAUGAUUCCAGCCGGCACCAUCUAAUCGCAAUUGUUGUAGGGGUAUGCAUGGAGGAUUCUUGGAAGCUUAAUCUGUCGUAGCUAUACUGCCAUUUCAUAUAUAUUCUUGUUCAAGUUUCCACCUGUGGUACGUAUCAUCAUAUUAAGACUCUGUAAAGAACUAUUCCAGGAAGCAAACGCCGAGUCAUUGCUUCGAUAGUCUCACGAAUUGCGCUUAGUUCUGCGGCAGGGGUAUCUUCGACAGGUUGGUCCGACAUUUUUGAAAUGAAAUUGAAAUUCAGAGUAUAAAAUCAUUUAAACUCACUAUCCAGAAUCAUGAUACGGGUCGUCAAGGCCCCGCAAUAAAGAACUGUUGCCCCGGGUUCCUUUUUCUGAGCUUUUACAAGUGGCAUGUUAGAGAUCCAG